CAUGUGCGACAAUAUUUCCGUCAUUAUUUCUUGAUUUCCAUGGCAACCAGCAAGCACAAGUAUUCAUAGUCAUAAAUUAUAUGUCAUGAGACAAUGUCAAAAAGCAAUGUUAAAUUAACGUUUACAUUUACCUAAAAUCUCUUCCGAAAUGUUGUCGAAAAAUUCAUUACGAGUAGAUAAUUUUUAUUAGCGUUUUUUGACUAAAUCUAAAAAGAUGGCCAUGGGGACUUGCUUUGGUUCAAAAGAAGAGCAAAUUUACAUGUUAGAAUUGCUUGUGGAUCAUAUGACCCUGAAUUCCGAUAAGCUGACAGAAGUGGGAACAACACCUUUAAGCGUACGAUUAAAAUUUAUUGAUUUUCCAAUAUUUGAAAUUGCCCAAGAUGAUUUUGCCGCUUCAAAAAGAAAAUCGGAAAAGGUACCUACAGUAAAUAUUCAGCCAAAGAACGAUGAUGAAGCCAUUGAUUUCAAUACCGGUAAAUCAUGUCUCUUUUCUAAACAACCACGAGAAUUGGUGCAGUUAAUGCAAACAAGGCCAAUGAAAGUCAGUAUACAUAAAGUAGUAACCAAGAAGAUUUGUGAUCCUGAAGAAGAGGAAGUUCCUGUUUGCGGUACCCAAGUGCCCCUUUCCGGUUGUCUCUGCGACCAAGUAGCAAUGGCCAUGAAUGAUAUUGACCGUUUACCUAAACCGUACACCAUUAAAAAUACAUAUAACAUGGUGGAUGUUCGUGGAAAACCAUCAGGAACUAUUGCAAUAUUCUUGAAAUUAUCAUGUUAUGGAAAAAGCAUUGCAACUCACUUUGCUGUACGAGAUAAACUACUAUUAUUCAAAACUCCUGAAUCUAUGAAAGAAUUUCAAUGUACAAGAGUUUUACCUACAGAGGAGGAAUUAACAGAAAGGAAAAAAAUUGCUGAGCAUAAUAUCUGUGUCCCGGAUGAAUAUAAAGUAGCGGUAACAAAGCCGACUCCAAAAGUGGAAACUAUUAUGAGUCUUAUACCCGUAUGUGAGAAAUUAAUUGAAAAGGACCAAUGCUCUAAAAACAUUACAGUUACUAAUCCGCAUCAGGCGGAUAUAAAGGGCGGAUUGGUUCCUAACACAACUACCUUUGGAAAACUGUUACUGAAAGACGACAAUAAGGGUGACUUCCUAGAUCUGGCAGAUCAAACUGAUCCUAGUUGUGUAUGCAAACCAGGGGGCACAUUCAUGAGAAGUUUCACUGGAGAUUUUCCAUGCACUGGUGCAAAUUGUGCAGGUGGAUUAUGUAUUGGAACUAGAUUACUUGAUCCGUUUCCUAGAAAUUAUCAUGGUGGUACAGAAACAACCCCAUGCUAUACCGGUAGUUGUUGUUCAGGAUCAAUACAAAGUGGUGGGUCAGGAUGUUGUAGUAAACGCAGGUUGAGAGGUGGUGGUGAAGAAAAAUCAGGAAACGUCUGUGGACUUGAUCAGAGCCAAACAAAGAAGUCUACCGAUAAGGCAAAAACUUGUAAAAUAUGUACGCAGAAACCUUGUAAGGGAGUCGACUGUUUAAUUCGAGCGUUCAAGGAAACGCAAGAAUUUGUGGAUUCUAUUGGCAAGGUACCUGGGAUGGCUGGUUUGGGAUUGAUGGAUCCUUCGGAGAGUCCAUACUUCGGACGAGAACGGGACCACAAGCAAAAUAUCUGUACUAGUGUAAAGAAUCUAUGUGAUUCAGCACCCCAACAUCAAAACCAUUUGACUUCAUCAUCUCCUUUGUCUCAAUCUUCACCAAUUACCACAAAGUCAUCUGUGAAACAAAAUAAUAGUCAUACUAUCACUGGUUCAAUUCCUGUAUCUGGACAUACAGUUGCACCAACAGGAUUAUUAGUAAAUUCACGAUCAGGUCGUGAGGUUCAGGCACAUUUGACAGAUCAUGCACAUCUUACCUCGAUGAAAACGAAAAAAAAGGAAGAGAAGAUAGAACGACAUAAAGAGCAAGAAAUGAGUCUUCACAUGCAAGUAGAAUUUGAGAAAGGUCCUUGUGGUGAGGUAAAGUGCAAAUCAAGAAGAAAAAAAAGGGCGCAGGAUGACAUUGGAUCCGAUCAAUCUGCACCAGGAUUGUCUCUUCCAAAGAAGCCAUUACCAUCUCUAAAGUUGCAAAAUACUCUUCCUCUGAAACCGAGUAAACAUGGAAGAUCAUAUAAAAACAAACAUCAUAAUCCAAAACACAGAAUCCAUUAUCCAGGACUAAUCGGUGAUCAUUCUAGAACGACAAGUUCCUAUGUUAAGGUGAGUAAAAGAGUAAUGAAAGCUGUGAAAGCCGCAAGAAAAUUAUUGCCAGGCAUUCAUUAUGGCCAUAAGAAUUGUGUAGAUAUGAGAAUGAGAGUGCCAGCUAAUAUGGGUUGGCUUUGGAAUUCAUUUGAUACACCAGGUAGAUUAAAACCACGUCUUGGUUGGAGGCCAGGUGCCAUUUCGAAAUACUUAUAUAAUUUGAUGAUGAAGGCAAAAGCGGGUUCUGAACCUACUUCAGAGAGUAGACCAGCAACACCUACGAAGAGUAAAAAAACCAAAGCCACUAAGAGCAGAAGUUUUCAGUCAAUUGGAAGAAACCAUCGCAUUAAGAAAAAAGAGGGCGAGAAUGAUGAGAUUGAGUUUCCACCGACUUUGCAUGUUCAUAGAAAGGAUGGAACGUACUACGUUACUAUGUAUCCAAUUAAUAGUGAGAAUGCCGAAGACUCUACUGUGCAGAAACCUGUGAAACCACUUCAAUUCAAAAUUACUAAGAAUAAAGAUGAUGCAUCAGUGUGCUCUAGUUCAUCAGCAUCAGAUAUGGAAAUUGAAUUCUCACCCCCUGCUGCUGUCAGUCGGUAUCGUAAGAAGCCUGAUCAGGUGCACAUCGACACACAGGUGAAGCAGCAGGAAAUAUUAGAUGCUUUAAAACCUGCUUCAUCCCCCAAACAAAACAAAGCAAAAAAGGGUGAUAAAACAGUAAAAGGAAUGGAUAAUACAGAAAAAAAAGGAAAAGGAAAGAAGUAAUACAUGUAAUCUAUGUAGAUAAAUCAUGAGAAUGAAAUACGUCUUUAUUAUUUUUGAUCUGUUA